CUUGACAGCUUGCCAUGCCAUGAACGACUGUGCCGGAUUCUGCUUCUCCAGAGCUUCCAACUCUUGCCGCAUACACGGUCCCCACAACAUGAUGAUGAGCAGCACGCUGGUUGGCAACACUCGCUAUAAGUUGCUGAACCAAGUAGGGAAUUACAGCGACUCCCGCCAGCGUUGCGCCGACAUUAAAGGUUAUCCCGCGGCACCCACGAGUCCCGCAACCAACGAAGUUUUUCGAAGCCUCAUCAUAGGCGACACUUGGGUUGGUGUUCGCAAAUGGAAUUUUGAAACUCGGCUUGAAUCCAAUGGUCAGAAAAUAGUCUACAACAAUUUCGGCUUGCUGGAAGGCUUCACCUUGGUUUACUUUGAAGACUGCGUGCUGAUGUCCACUUCUGGCAAGUGGAAGGAUACCCCGUGCGGAUACAACAGCUAUCCUGUGCUCUGUCAAAGUCCUGGCACCAAUAACUGCGAUGCCCAAGGACAAGACGUUACACCUCGCAACUACACUACCGAUCCUGAUGGCAGUUACGUCUGCUACAGACCUGUCCACUGAACUAAGUCAUUGAAGGAAACACACGAAAAUUUAUCGAGCCAGUGCACAGUGAAGAUAAGGUUGAGUGAAAGUUCUCUCAUUUCAAAUGAAUGAGAGCGGUAAAUUUUUACAGUAGGGUUGCAUGUUUAGUCACAAAGCUACCAUUCUGAUUUUCUCGGAAGGUACCUGAGAAGUAACCAAAAUGUCUGCAUGUGUUCUAAUUAUUAGCCUACAUAUGAGGAAUUAUUAUUAUAAUAUACUUACAUUAGCUAUAAUUUGAGGAAGGGCGAUUCAAACAAAUUAGAAUUUGCUGCAGCAGGAAGCUUUAAAGACUUAUAUGCACCAUGUUAAAUAUAUAUCAAGAGCUGGGGCUGUGCUGGACAAGGCCACUUCGUGGCAGCCCAGAUACUCUCAUAUCUUGGCAUUUAUUGUAGUAAAUCAUUAAAGCUGUUUCACUUACCAAUGAAUUUCUGAUGUAACGGUCUUAGCUAGGUUAGUGGUCGGCUAGUAUAAGUAUAUUGUUUCUCACGCCAUUUAAUGAAAAUUGCACUGCGUAGUGCAACAAAAUUGUUGGUUGUUGGUGAUAUAGCACAGUAAAACACCAAGAAGUAUAUAACACACUUAUAUUAGUUAGCUAAUGAUGUGAAUUUUUCUUCUUAAUGUAAAGGGCAAUAUUGAA